AUGUAUGGUUUAUUAUUUGAAAGUUUACGUAAAUUUAUUCAAACAACUUAUGAUGAUGAAAUAUGGUCACAAAUUUUAUAUAACGUUAUUGGUACGGAGAAAAUAUUUCAAACAAAUCAAACAUAUCAAGAAGAUUUAUAUGAUAAAUUAAUGCAGAAUUUAUCGAAACUAAUUCAUUUAUCACUAAAUGAUUUAUAUACAGAAAAUGGAAAAUAUUUUAUACAAUUUUUAAUAGAUUCUGGUUUUUCAAGUGUAUUAAAAGUGAUGGGUGUAGAUUUUGUUGAUUUUUUAACGAAUGUCGAUGAAAUACAUAAACAAAUUAAACGUAUUUAUCCAUUCAUUAGACCGCCAUCAUUUACUGUUACUAAAAUUGAAAAUGAUCAUAUGAUACAUUUGUUAUAUUGUACUAAACGUAAAGGUUUUACUUAUUUUGUUCAAGGACAAUUGAUUAAUGUAGCAAAAUUAAUUUAUAAUUUAGAUGUACAAGUUGAGUUAAUUAGUCAAGAAAAGAAAAAUUUACUUACAUUAUCACUAUUCUCAUCAUCAUCAUCACCAUCACCAUCACCAUCAUCAACAUCGUCAUCGUCAUUGUUUAUUGAAAGUUAUUUUAGAAUUUAUUGUUUUAAUGGUAGAUUACAAAUGAAGGAAUUUCGGCCAAAUAUUAAAUCUUUAUGUCUAUCUAAUGAUAUUAUACAAUCAAGUAUAAAUAGUAAUGAAUUACAUUCGUUAUUACCAUUUUAUGUUGUAAUUAAUCAAAAUUUAAUGAUUAUGAAAGUUGGUGAAGCUGUUGCACGGAUAUGUGAUAAUUUAGUUGGAUGUAGUUUUACGGAACUGUUUUUAAUUAGACAUCCAGUAAUAAAUUGUACAUUUGAACAGAUUAAACUUCACAUGCACAAUACAUUUGAGUUGGUUCUGAUGAAAAAUUUAGGUGUGAAUAAAAACAGUGAUCACUUAUUAUCUGAUAAGGCAGUAUGUAAAUUUAGAGGUGAAAUGCGUUUUGUUGAAGAAUGGAAUAUGUUGUUAUUUCUAGGUGCACCGUCCAUACGUGAUAUCAGACAUUUAAGUGAACAUGGUCUCUAUAUCUGCGAUUUAAAUAUGUUUGAUCGAAGUAGAGAUGUAAUCAUUUGUGGUGAUCGAAUUUCAGAUGAACUAGUGAAAUUAUUUCAAAUGCAACGUAAAAAAAGUGAGGCAUUGGAAAGAAAUAUGAAACAUUUGGAUAAAAUGAGAAAGUUAACUGAUCGACUUUUGUAUCAGUGUAUUCCAAGAGCAGUGGCUCGUAAACUACGUGAUGGCACUCCAGCGAUUGAAACUAUAGAGGCAUAUGAUUCUGUAAGCAUAUGUUUUACAAAAGUUUUCAACUUCUCUGCAAAAUGUAUGCAUACAAGUGUAAAUCAAAUUGUGGAGCUAUUAAAUAAGAUGUACACACUUUUUGAUGAUCUCACAGAAGCUUCAAAUGUUUACAAGGUUGAAACUAUUGGUGACAGUUAUAUGCUUGUCUCUGGAGCACCACAUAAAACACGUUUUCAUUCUGCACAUAUUACAGAGAUGGCAUUAAACAUAUUGGAAGUUACUCAUGCAUCUUUAGCAUGGCCUAAAUCCAAUGUCAGUAAUGAUACCGAUGAUGAUGGUAAUGAAGAGGAGAAAGAAGUUUUAAAGCUUUUUAUCGGAUGUCAUACAGGACCAAUUGUAGCUGGUAUAGUUGGUCAUAAAACACCAAGAUAUUGUUUAUUUGGAGAUACAGUGAAUACAGCUAGCAGAAUGAUGUCUAGUGGUGUGCCUGAUCGAAUACAUGUCAGUCAAACAUUCGCUGUUAGCCUUUCCGAAUUCCCAUACACUUUGGAAUAUCGUGGAGAAAUUAAUGUUAAGGGUAAAGGUAAAAUGAAAACAUAUUUUGUUAAUGGUCGAAGUAAUGAAUUUACAUUGCCUAAUAACUUUUAUGAAAAUCAACUGAAUUUUGGUGAAAUUUUAGAAAAAGAUGUAGUGAAAAUUGAAACAGAUGAUUCUACAGUAUCCUAUAAUACUUCAGUUGGUGAGAUUGAUGAAUUUAUUGAAAAAGAUCAUGAAAUUUCAUCUGAAAGUUCAACAGGAAUCGAUAUAGAAGAAGUAUUAGGUCAUACUGAUAAGCAGAACUCAGAAUGUACGACAAUUUCAAAUGAUCAUCAUAAUAAUAAUAAUACGAUUAAAAAUAAAUUAAAAAAUGCAGUAGUCACAGUAAAUUAUAACAAUAAUAAUAAUAAUCAGAUGAUAAUUCCAAGAAUACAUAAAGAGAAUGAACUGGUAUACAAUGAUGCAUCAUCAAUAAAUCAGAUUGAUAAACAUCAUGAUCAGCCUAUUACGACUAGUUCAACUUAUGAUAUUAAUGAUAGUAAUUCUGUUAUAUCCUUUAAUUAUAUUUGUCCAAACUUCAAAAUACCAGAAAUGACACCAAAUAGUCAAAAAUCACAGGAGAAAUUAUCAAUCGACAAUGUAUUAAAUGAAGCUAAUCAGCGUCUAUUUCAUUAUCAACAUGAAUCACAAAAAAUCCAUGAAUUACCUAGUUGUUCCACAACCUAUAAAAAGGAUGUAAAAUUUGUUUUAAACAAUAAAGAAGAUGAUAAUCAGUUGUAUGUUAAAUUCAAUUCCUCAGAUGUCGAUGGUGGUGAAGAUAGAGAAAGAAGAAUAUCUAGGGCAAACGUACUUGAUGAAAUUAGUUUUGUGAAAGAAUGUUUAAAUAAACAUCAACAAUCACAAAAACAUUUAUCAACAAAUCCAAAAAAUAUCACUUCAGUAGAGCAAAAACACAAAAUUGAAAAAUUCCGAAGAAUGAUUAAAAAUCAUUCAUUUGGACAAAAGAAUCCAAUCUCUCUUUGCUCUUCUGGAUCUGAUGUAUUCAAUAGACUAUAUGAACCUCUGACUUUAGGACUAACAGAACUAGCUAUAGUUAAACCAGAUGAACCAAUCAAAUAUCUUGGAUCUUGGUUAAAACGUUACAAAUCAAUGGAACAUCAGGAAGACUAUUAGAUCAUAAUUAGUGAAUAUGUUGUUACAAAAUGUGCGACUUCAUUUUCAG